AUGAAUCAUCUUCAUUCUCUACCUUAUACGAAUACCUUACUCUAUGCUUCUUCCAUAGGUUUGGAUUAUCAUAAUCUUGGACUUCUCAAUUCAGACAACGACAUGUCUUUAAUUAUGGAUGUAACUGCGCCUUCAUUUUCAACUGGCUAUUUAGAAGAUGCUUUGGUUGAGUUUGGUGAAAGUUCUAAACGUAGACGGUUACUGCCAUACACUGAUACUGAUGAUGAACAAAGCAAGAGUAGUAUUACUACUACUACUUCCAUGGAUGAUUUUGAUAAGAAUUUCUGGAAUUUCAACCCUAUAUGGAACCAACCAGUGGAGAAUUUCUACUGCAUGGAUCAGAUUGAAAGGAUUUGUGGAUUUUCAGAUGAGCAUAUAAGUCCCUUGAGAAGUAGAAUCAAUGAGCAACAAAACAAUCUAGUAGAAGACACAAAAACAACACAAGAGACAAUAUCAGCUUCUGAGUCUCCAAAUUCAUCCUCAUCUUCAUACAAAGAAUUAUUGCCCAAAACACUUGGAAGUAGUAGUAGCGAGGAGAUGAUGAUGAGAAAGAAGAGGGUGAUAAGAAGUAGUACAAGAGUGGUGUAUCCAUUUGCAUUAGUAAAACCUGGAGGAGAAGAAGAUGAAGUGACAUUGAAAGACAUAAACGAAAGGAUGUUAAUGGCACCAACAAGACCAGUAAGGCAUCCAGUAGGUGACUUUGCAUGUCGGCCAUGCGUGUCUGCAACAGGUCCAGGCCUUUCAGGGAAAGCAGUGGUGGCCCUUACUAGAAUCCACACUCAAGGUAGAAGAGGCACCAUCACUAUUAUCAGAACCAAAAACUAG